AACCAAUCACGUUACGCUAACUUUAAGAAAUUGAUAUCGUGAUGUUCUUGUUGCUGCGAAGUUGACUUAUCUAGUAAUAGUAAUAGUAAUAUCUACUAUUGAACCGGCAUUUAUCUGACUAGUUCAUUAUCACGUGAACAUGAUUAUAGCAAAUAUGUGAAUCUAAUUCACUGCUGAACUUCCUACGGACAUAAUUUUAAUCUUGUUUGUGAUUUCACAGCGUGUAAAACGCGCACGCGAGGCGGAAGAGUUGGCUACUGAGUACUGGCACUGCCACUGGCACUAGGCCCUACUGCCUACAGGCUACUGAGUACUGGCACUGCUGUCUAGUAUAAUUUGUCAGACUAGCCUAGCGGCUAGCAGCCUACGGAGAAAUUUCAGUUUGAUUGAUAAUGGAGGUGGACAAUGAUGAUCAGGCCAGUUCUGCUGGAAGUGACCGAAGUGAUGUGGAAUCCAUGAGUGGUGUAAGUGAAGGUGGAUCACCUGUCGGCCCCCCUGUUGCAUUUAAUGCAAGUGAAGAGCACAGCCAAGCACAGCGGGUUGACAGCCCAGCACCGAUGUCAGAUACAGAAAACGAGGAAGGUGUGGAUGAUGAAGACGAAGAUGAAGUAGAUGAUGGCGACGAGGAUCGUGUAAAAGGAGGAAGCCCAGCACCCAGAAGUCCAGAUGAAUUGUCAGAAAAUGAAGGCGAUGGGGAGGCUCGAAGUGAUGUAGCUUCAUCAGAUAGUGAGAGCAGUCAGCAUUCUACUCCAGAAGAUUCUCCAUCACAUGAUAAUAAUGUAACUUCAUUCGCAGAGGCAGUAGCAGAUGAAAAUACAGAUGAGCAAUAUGGUGCCGAAGUAGAUUCUACCGGUAUAAAAAGUCCUAACGUAUCGCCGAAGGUAGGAGAUGAACCAGACGACUCUGCUUCAAACGAAGGCGAGGAUUUACUAAUUUCUGGGAAUAGUUCUCAUCCAGUGCAGAUACCCCAGCUGCUUAUGGACGAGGAAAAACGCUCCUUACAGUUAGGAAGCAUUUCUGAGGUUAGCUCAUCUGAAUCUGGAGAUUCAGAGGAAGAAGGAGAAAUUGAAAGUGAACAUACUAAAGCUACGGAGGUGAGAAUAGAUGGUAAUGCAAAAUUUGAUGGUGUGUCAAAUGAAAACACAAAAGAUACCUCGGAGUCGAGUGAUGGUGAACUUGAUGAAGUUCACACACGACAACUAACUGUCCUGCCAAGAAAAGACAAUGUAAAGCAACGUUUCCAUUCAAAAUGUGAUGACGUAGAGUUACAGGGUAUUAGCAGUGGUGAUAGAGCAGUGACUAAAAUAGAUUCGCAAGUAAAUGUAAAACCAGACAGAAGUAAGAUCGAAGUAAAGGAUGUUUCAAAACUACAAGGUAAGAUAGAUGAGGCUGAGGAGAUAAGUGAUGAAGGAUUGGUGAGUGACAGUGAUGAGGGCUUACUGUCUGAAUCUUCUGAUGAGAAGGAGAAGUGUAUGAAACAUACCGCACACUACAAACGAAACGAUUCACUCGAGGAUGAUUUGGAACAGUUGGACUAUGGAGAAGGUGAAGAGGAAGGGGAGAUUCAAGAGCGCAGGCCUAGCCGUGAAAAGAAAAAGCAUUUAAAAGCAGACUUGGAAGAAGGAGAAGUAGAAGAAGGAGAAUACAUAGAUAGUGAUUUAGAUGAAGGAGAAAUUGUGGAUGGUGAGGAUGAUGGCGAGGAAGGUGAACUAAAGGAGUUCCAUGAACCAGCUUCUGUACGUCCACGCAACAUUUGUCGGUUCUUCUCACGUGGCCAGUGCACAUGGGGUGCUAAUUGCCGAUUCACUCACGUGAACCCUAAUGGAAGCUAUAAUGUGCCUGGACGACCUACUCAUGCGCCGCCUCUGCUAGCAAACCCUCCUCAUGUAAUGCGAGCUCCUCCCCCAGAACGUAGGCCACCACCUCCACUACCACCCCCACCACCAGAGGAACUAGCCCCUGCUCCUCGCCCGUCUCCACCCAGGGAGUCUGCUUGGGAGCGUGGACUGAGGAAAGCUAAAGAGGCCCUUAGGAACGCAAACAUGAAAAAGGAGACCGAACCAGAUUACGAGGAAAAGUGCCUCAAUCUCAGUGUGGAAGUUGUUGAAGAGUUCGAACAGAACAAAGAAAACCGACAGCUUCCAGAGAAGAAAGUUGCACCGCCAUUCCAAGAUGGGUUUGAGGAGGAGCUGUAUCCUCCAUUGCCUCCACAGCAAGAGUAUGAAAACUUUGAGGUUCGGCGAGCGGGACAUGAGCGCACAAUUGUUCACGAAAUGGAGAGGUCUAGGCCAAGAAGAGAGGUAAAGGAGAGAGUGCCAUCACCACCUGUUGAUAAGUUUGGUCGACACAGGGAUCUACGGCAGGCGCCUCGUAAGGCGCACGACUCGAGCGAGAAGCAGCCACGGCCAUCGAGUAAGAAGCCAGACGAGUGGCAUGACCCCUGGAAUCGUGCACGACGAUCGCAAUCACCAUCGAAGAAACAAACUCGGUCACCCCUGCAUAGGAGGCGGUCAGUAUCAUCCAACUCCUACUCCAGCUCGUCGUCAGGGUCAUCAUCAUAUUCCUCUUCUAGUAGAUCCUCGUCUGGUAGCUCACAUUCUGGUAGCUCAUACAGUCGAUCUUCGUCGCGGUCCCUGUCACCACGAGCACGAAGGGUGGCGCCGGAUGCGGCAGAGAGGCGAGCCCCUGCACCUGAUGGCGUCGACAGGCGAGCACCAGGACCAGGUGGGGCAGAAAGACGUCCUCAAGGGACUGAUGGCAUGGAUAGGCGACAUGCUGGGCCUGAUGCAAGUGACAGGCGGCAAGCUGGGCCUGAUGGAGGCGACAGGCGACAAGGUGGGCCUGAUGGAGGCGACAGGCGACAAGGUGGGCCUGAUGGAGGCGACAGGCGACAAGGUGGGCCGGACAUGCCAGAUAGGCGAGCUCCUGGGCCAGACAGAAUGGAUAGGAGGGGACCUGCACAGGACAGAAUGGACAGACGGGGACCGGGGCUGGACAGACGGGGACCGGGGCUGGACAGAAUGGACAGACAGGGACCAGUAUCGGACAGAAUGGACAGACGAGGACCCCAAUCAGACAUAGGGGAUAGGCGAGGGCCACCGAUGGAUAGAAUGGACAGGCGAGGACCUCAGCAAAACAGAGUGGACAGGAGAGGACAAGCGCCGGACAUGGUGGACAGGAGAGGACAAGCGCCGGACAUGGUGGACAGGAGAGGUCAAGCGCCGGACAUGGUGGACAGGAGAGGACAAGCGCCGGACAUGGUGGACAGGAGAGGUCAAGGGCCGGACAUGGUGGACAGGAGAGGUCCAGCACAGGAGAGGAUGGAUAGACGAGGUACAGGACAGGACAUGGCGGACAGACGGGGGCCGGCACAUGACAGGAUGGAUAGACGAGGCGGGGGACCGGACAUGGUGGACAGGAGAGGGCAAGCACUGGAUAUCGCGGACAGGAGAGGACCGAUGGCACGACGAUCUCCCAUCCUAGGAGCAGCUAAGCAGCACAGCAAGCCACCCACUGUUGAUAGUGGUGCGAGGAGAACCGCAAAUGCAGAGAAUACUAAGUCAAUGUUUGCUGAUGCAAAGAGGCAGCAAGGCAAACCUUCAAGGGUCCCAGGAAGGAGAGCAAGUCUUGAAAGAGGAACAAGGGGUCCCCAAUUGGAGUCCAGAAGUAGGCAAGAUAGGGGGAGAGAGCGGCCUUCUCUGUCAAUAAAAGAUGGUGGGAAUCUUGAGGCUGGGUCUGGUGGGUACCCAGACAACAGGAGAAGGGUUCAGCAGCAGCACCCUACCAGCCCUUCCUCUCUCAAGGAUCAUGGUGACAGGCGUGUCCCUUCUUCGAUGUUAUCGGCCCCAGCCAGUGCUGUAGUGCGCCCUGACCCGGAAGCUGCUAGGGAUCCACAGGGCGAGCGUGAGGUCCCGCGCAACUACAGGGAUGAGCGUGGAAGGACUCGACAUGAGCCUGCUAGCCUGAAAGACAUAGAAGGCGCAGCGGUAGCUUCAGCAGCAGCUCGUCAAGCCGUAGUCGCAGCCGAUCAAGCAGCAGUGGCAGCAGCAGCAGCUCUGCUAGCUCACGCCAGCAGCAGUCCAGCUCCGACUCUGCGUAUGAGAGAAAGAGGGCAGAUGAAAGUCUGAGCAGCAAACAGGUCAAAUCUGCCGUUACAACGUCACAGUUGAUGAGCCAAAAGAAAAGCUUUGCAAUUUCGCACAAGCAAUCAAGCUUAAUCU